CUUUUUAAAAUUCGCUGUUGACAGAAACAGUCAGCGGCUUCAGCUCUUCAGAAACCUCAAACACGGUCGGAAACAUUGAAUCAACUGACAUAUUGAUCAUCUUUUCCGACGCGCUCGCGUCCCCACGGCGACGGUCACGCCAUCAUGGGCGAGGUGGAGCUGUCCUGCCGGGCCUACGUGAAGAUGUACCUGCACGCCUGCCUCUUUCCGCGGUGCAGCAUCAACGGGCUGCUGCUGUCCUCCGGCUCGGCAGGGGGCGCUGUGUGCGUGACGGACUGCGUGCCGCUGCUCCACUCCCACCUGCCGCUGGCCCCCAUCAGCCAGCUGGCGCUCACACAGGUGGACGUGUGGUGUUCUCAGACGCAGCAAAGGAUUGUGGGAUACUACCAGUCCAACGCCUGCGUGUCGGACAGCAGCCCGACUCCGUGUGCGCUGAAGAUCGCCGACAAGAUCUCCGAGCAGUUCGACAACGCGGUCCUGUUGAUGCUGGACGGCGGUAAGAUGACCUCUGACUAUCGCGUUCCGCCCAUCGUCAUGUACGAGCGCAAAGAUUCAAGAUGGCUGCUCAAAGACAAGCACACCAUCAUGCUGCGGCACUGGGAGGAGACUCAGGCCAUCGCCGGCCAGCUGCUGGAGGCCGGAGAGCAGGCGCACCUGGUGGACUUCGACAGCCACCUGGAUGACAUCACCAAGGACUGGACCAAUCAGAGGCUGAACGCCAAGAUCGCCGAGCUCGCCUCGCCGGCCAACGGCAACGUGUAGACCAGGAAGAGGAAGCAGCCCCCCAACGUGUAGACCAGGAAGAGGAAGCAGCCCCCCAACGUGUAGACCAGGAAGAGGAAGCAGCCCCCCAACGUGUAGACCAGGAAGAGGAAGCA